AGAAGUAGAAAUGCUGACUCGGCUUCCGCCACAGCACACGUUGUAUCUCCGACCGAACAUCAAGAUCAAGAAGCGGAAGAUGCGACGCGGGUGCAGCUUGAAACUCAAGAACAAGAGCGCGAUGUUGAUCAAGCGUAUCCUGCUGAUGUGCAAAAGUUGUAUCGUUCAUCUUUACUCGGUCUGUCCACUGCGAUCUUGCAUAACGCACGUGAAUUUGAUUUUACCUCAAACCGCACGAGGAAGUUCAUUUGGCCUUUACAGAAAUAAAACUGUCGUGGCUGAUACUAGUCCCAGUAGUCGUGCUUCACAUAAUUACCCAUAUUUUUCGUUGUUUUGGUUUUCGUUUUCCUUUUGCAAUGCAUAAAGCGACGUCUUCAUCUUCUGUACCAAUUGGAGUUGAAUCUGCUCCAAGUAUCUCAGCAGCAGCA